AUGUCCUCUGGCACGGGGCCGGCGCUGGCUCAUCGUAGCGUGGCCAGCAUCCGCUCAGCCCCAAUUCUCCAGGAGCAGGCUGGGUCAGGCACAACGCCACAUACGCCUCCGCGAACAAUCUCAAACACAUACGGCUCGCCUGCUACGAUUAGAGCGGAUGACGACUUUCUGAUUAUCCAGAUUGGCUCAAGGUUUGUCCGGGCCGGAUUCGCGGGGGACAACCAGCCCAAGGCGGUGCUCACAUGUGGGCCGCAGGACCAGCGACGGGCUGGAGAUUUCAGGGAUUGGCAGCCGGCUGGGGAUGUUGACCUCCAGUCGGGGAAUAAGGAUCAUGAGUUAUGGCGGUACGACCUGAGAGAGGUCGAUCUGGGGCUUGUUUACGACAAGCUGGAUCGUCUGCUGAGAGAUGCGUUUGGAAGGUGUUUGCUGAUUGACUCUCGGCCAAGAAGAGCAGGCCUCGUUCUUGACUCUGGAGUGCCGAUUCCAAUCUUGUCUACUGUACUGGACCUCUUGUUCAAGGGCUUUCAAACACCAAUGAUCUCUCUCAUGUCCACGGCCUCCAUGUCUGUUGUGGCGGCUGGAAUCCGCUCAGGACUGGUCGUCGACAUGGGAUGGGCUGAGACGGUAGUCACCAGUGUGUAUGAGUACCGGGAGGUCAAAUGCACGCGCAGUGUAAGGGGAGGCAGAUAUCUCAACGAUCGACUCUACGAGCUUCUUCAGAAGCUCUUGACUGGCAAGGAGGAAGACGACGGUGCACGGGUCAUUAGCUUUGCCGAGUGCGAGGAUAUCAUGUGUCGUCUGAUGUGGUGUCGGCCGCCGGCAUCAAAAUCACCUCAGGCACACAAGCCGGCCCAAAGACAGUCACAGCAGCUGGACACAGUGGAGGAGCAGGACGAGUCGGAGCCCGAGCCCGAACACUCUCUGCAAAACAGCGUGGCAAGCAUCCCGCUGAGAUCCAUCAACCCACCCAGGACGGUUGAAGUGUCGUUUGAUAAGCUUGCUGACGUGUGUGACGAUACAUUCUUUGCUUUGUCAGUUGCGCCGACAGAGUUUGAUGAUGAGGAUUUCCCGGUUCAUCUACUCAUUUAUCGCCAUCUGCUACAGCUACCAAUGGAUGUGAGAGCUAUAUGUAUGCCUCGCAUUGUCUUCACGGGCGGCUGCUCAAACAUUCUGGGCAUCAAGGGGCGCAUUAUGGAGGAGGUCACAAGCAUGGUAAAGCGGAAAGGGUGGGCUAAUGUCUCUGGAAAGCAUGUGGAAGAAUCACGAAACAGCCAAUUUUCUGAUCGAAGAGCGAGCAUCGCUAGAUCAGUCAGCUCAACAGCGACCGCGUCUGACCUCGGAGAAGAACAGGAAUCUUCACGGCCAAGCUCGAUAGCUUCACAGUCCGACAUCUCAGAUCCCAUCGAGGCAAAGGUAGCACGCCAUCGGCCGCAGAUUUCGCAAAUGCAGGGCGAAUUCCGCACUCUUCAUACCCUUGGGCCCUGGGCUGGAGCAAGCUUGGUUUCCCAACUCAAAAUCCCCGCCAUGGCCACGGUAGACCGCGAACUGUGGCUGCAGCAGGGAGCCAAUGGCGCGACGCGUCCGAACGAAAUCGACGUCAAGGCACAACAACGACAGAGUAUGGGCGCAGGAGGCUUUAUUCGCGGCAGCGGAGGCCAUCAUACCAACUGGACACUAGGAGCUUGGGGCAACGUGUGA